UUAUGGAUGAUCUUUAUUAAACAGUAAUCAGACAGAGAUAUAAUUCCUCAAUGACAUAUUAAGAAUAUUUAGACACUCAUGAUUAACCACCUCCAACUCCUGCAUUAAAGUAAAAUUUUUAUAUUGAUUAGGGCUAAAUAAUCUCCACAAAUAGUUGAACCAUUAAUCCUUGAACCUCCUAAAGGACCUAAAAUUCAACAACAAAAACUAGCUAUUUAUACACCUGAUGAGGUCAUAUUAGAGGAAUCUGAAACAGAUGAAAAGCAACGAUCAAAUUAAAUUCCAAAAGUACCAUGUUAAAAAGCCCUAAUUGAACAUGUAUAAUAUUUAUAUAAUUAUAGAAUGUCAGAAUACGCAGUCAAAGCGAAAAUCUAGGUUUUUCUGUAUUUAGAUUCCUGUAAUAAAAGAAAAAAGUAUGA